AUGGAUAAGGGAAUAGUCGGCGAAUCAUUUCAGGAAAGAUCAUUGAGUUUUUCGGAGGCGCCGCUAAUGGCUCGAAAAAAUACAAAGCAGGAGGAGCAACCCCAAUGGAGCUGGUCCCUUAAGUUGGCGGCUAUCGGAUCAUCGCUCGGUUCAGCGGUUCCAGUGGGAUAUUGCACCGGUGUGAUGAACAGUCCUGCUGAGCUCAUGCGUUCCUGGUGCAAUGAGACGCUGAUCGCCCGCUAUGAUCUGAACUUGGGUGAGUCAGGACUGGAGUUACUGUGGUCAGCCCUCGUCUCCAUAUUUCUGGUAGGAGGAGCCAUUGGAUCUAUGACGGGCGCUACAAUGGCCAACCGGUUCGGACGUCGCGGCUGUUCCAACAUCUGUGGACUCCUUUUGGCUCUGGGAGCCAUUUGCUUCUACGCGUGUCGACCCUUGAACUCAGUAGAGUUACUGCUUUUGGGCCGACUGCUGGUUGGAUUGGCCGGUGGUCUUCUAACAGCUUUCAUGCCCAUGUGGCACAGUGAGAUCUCGGCUCUUUCCCAGCGCAGCACAUUGGCUCCCCUCUGUCCGAUGGGUUUGACCUUGGGCGUGGUGGUGGCGCAGGUUUGCAGCCUUCGGUCAGUUCUUGGAAGUCCUGAGAACUGGCACUUCGGCCUCGCCUUUUACGGCAUCUUUGUGGUAGUGUGUUACGCUCCCUUUAGAUGGUAUCCUGAGAGCCCCAAGUGGCUGUAUGUAGUUAAGGGACGCAAAGAAGAGUCCCGCCGCCAGCUGCAACAGCUGAGGGGUUACACGGAUGGCAGUGCUGCCCUGCAGGCAGAGAUGGACGAAAUGGAGUUGGAGGCUGCUUCCAAGGUGGAGGCCAGUGGCUUGGUACAGGUGUUGUGCGAUCCUCAAUUGCGACUGCCGCUGAUCAUUGUGUGCGCCUAUCUCGGUGGCCAACAGCUUUCGGGGAUCAACGCAAUUUUCUAUUACUCCGUCUCGAUCUUCCGCAAGGCGGGACUUUCAGUACAGGCAUCUGAGUGGGCCAACCUGGGUGCGGGAUCUCUCAAUUUGGCCACCUCAAUGUUGGGACCCAUAUUACUAGAACGAGUUAACCGUCGGCCACUGAUGCUUUUCUCCACAUUUUUCUGCACUGUCUUCCUCUUCCUGUUUGCCAUGAUGCUGCAAUUUAUUGACAGCUAUAGCUGGUUCGCGAUGGGAUGUGUUGGCUGCAUUUUCCUGUACAUAUUCUUCUUUCAGUUUGGACUUGGCCCUAUUCCCUUCUUUAUUGGAGCAGAAAUGUUUGAACUUGCUUCUCGACCAGCCGCCAUGUCCUUGGGUAGCGUGGUAUACUGGAUGUGUAACUUUGUUAUUGGAAUGGCCUUUCCCACCUUACAAAACUUCUGGGGCGCUUUGGUCUUCCUGCCCUUCUCGGUAACUUGCUUGGUGCUUUUUGUUCUGACGAAACGCUACUUGCCGGAGACUCGAGGACGUGAGCCCUCCGAAGUGGCUCCGCUUGUCGCCUCAGGCUUUAAAUCAAAAGUCCUGCUCACUAAUCAGGCAUCGGACCAAUCUUAGAACUCGGAUUCCUUUUCUGUCGCUUAGUUCCACCCACUCUUAAACUUCAGAUUCCGUGGACUGUCCACUUGUAAAGGAGUAUCAUAGAAAUCAUUAACGCUUUUUGUUAUCAAUUGCUUUAAAAAUUGGUAUCUUCGUGAAUGGAUUUCAUAUAUGACAUAUUCAUAUAAAAUGUAAUAUAUUUAAAAUUUAUUUCUAAAGUCAUAAAUAAAUCAUGUAUUAAUUCAA